CCAUGUGACACGAAAAUGAGUAUCUAGUUUGUGCUAUAAUCAUGGAUAAUUAUCGGCUCUGAUAUUUAUUCUUCUUACAUAGAAGAUGCAAGACAUGAUUAAUUGUCAUGAUUAUUACUAUUUACCAUCAAUAUCAACGUCCACGUUAAGUAAAUUCAUCGUGAGUGGUUCGUCAAAGAGGAGUGGAAAUAUUUGAAUUGCAAGCUAUGAGUUUUGAACACAAUUCCACUCAACCAGUGCAAUACGAGAUCUUUUGUAAUUGUAAGUUGCAGGAUUGUCGCUGCGGGGAAAACAAUGUAUUCGAGUGGACAUGGGAUAAAGAACAAGCCACAGAUGAUGUUGUUUUAUCAGAACAAAACUUAGAAAUUCAAUUUCGCUAUAAUCAUUUUGGUAUAAAAGCUGUGAAGGGUAAUAAAUUAUUAGAAAAAGAAAAACAUCAUUAUUGGGAAAUUAAGAUACUUAAUCAUAUUCCUGGAACAAAUAUUGUAAUUGGGGUUGGAACAAAUAACAUGGACCUGAAUGGUAUAAAGGAUGAUUUUUACCUUGGGUUCAAUUACCAAUCUUAUGUUUUUUCUUCUCGAGGAUAUAUACAACAUAAUGAAGACAAAUGCUCGUACGGUCCUUCCUUUGGACAGGGUAGUUUAGUCGGGAUAUACUUAAACACAUGGAGGGGUACCUUGGAAUUUUUUCUUAAUAGAAAACCUCUUGGGAUUGCUUUUAAUGAACUUCGAGGUAUUAUGUUAUAUCCUUUAGUGGGUUCUAGAAAUUCAGAAAGUAAGAUUAGAUUAACUCAUAGCUGCUCUGUACCAGCAUCUUUACAAGUAGAAUGUUUGGCAGUUUUAAAAUCUUCCCAAAGAGAGUAUUUAUCAACUAUGUUACCUGGAUUACAACAUCUUUCAAAGAGUAUUUUUGCAGAUAUAUUGAAAAAAAACUUAAGUGAUAAUGAUGAAGAGAAGGAUGAUCUUGAUUUUCUAACAGACUGUAUGAUUUUUGAUGAAUAUGAUUUUGCUCUAGUAGGUUGUGGGAGAAAGAAAGAGAAGAAAUGAGUGUCAACAGAAUAUAGAAUUCGU